UUAGUUCAGUCCGAGGUUUCAUUGGAAGACAAACUCGAAGAUAUUUUAGCGCAGUUUUUAUCUUCAAGUCGGAGUCUCUUUCUUUUAUUAUUGUUUGCCACUCUCAAAGGAAAAAUCUCAACACUUUGAAAAUGUCUUCCUUUAACAAAGGUCCGGCUUAUGGGUUAUCCGCAGAAGUGAAAAACAAGAUUGCACAGAAGUACGACCCUCAGAAGGAAGAGGAGCUCAGGAUCUGGAUCGAAGACAUCACCGGCAGUUCCAUCGGCCCCGACUUCCAGAAAGGCCUGAAAAACGGAGUCCUCCUGUGCGAACUUAUUAACAGGCUGCAGCCAGGCUCUGUGAGAAAGAUCAACCAGUCAGCACUGAACUGGCACCAGCUGGAGAACCUGACAAACUUCAUCAAAGCUCUCACAGUGUACGGCUUGAAGCCCCAUGAUAUCUUCGAGGCCAAUGAUCUGUUUGAGAAUGGCAACAUGACGCAGGUCCAGACGACUCUGCUCGCCCUCGCCAGCAUGGCCAAGACCAAGGGCUGCCAGUCGCGGGUUGACAUUGGCGUGAAGUAUGCGGACAAGCAGCAGAGGAUGUUUGACGAUGAGAAGAUGAAGGCUGGACAGUGUGUCAUUGGCCUACAGAUGGGGACCAAUAAGUGUGCCAGUCAGGCAGGUAUGAGUGCAUAUGGCACCAGGAGACAUUUAUAUGAUCCCAAGGCUCCAGUCCAGGCCCCCAUGGACAACACCACCAUCAGUCUGCAGAUGGGAACAAACAAAGGGGCGAGUCAGGCUGGGAUGACGGCUCCAGGAACGAGGCGUGCCAUUUACGACCAGAAGCUGGGCACAGAGAAGUGUGACAACAGCACCAUGUCUCUACAGAUGGGAUACAGAGACGGGGCUAACCAGAGCGGGCAGAACUUUGGCUUGGGACGGCAGAUCUACGAUGCCAAGUACUGUCCCAAAGCCACUGAGAUUCCAGGUGAUGAAAAUGGAGCUGGUGUCGCCCGUGACUACAUCCCAGAUUACCAAGACGAGGGCUACCAAGGCUACCAGGAAGAGGAGCAGGUGUACCAAGAUGAUGGAACAGAUUAUUAAAAGAUUGGAGGGAGCUGAGGAAGGAAAAGCGUGAUUGUGUAAGGCUGGCAAGUUCUGCGAGACAGAAAGGUGGUUUAUCUUUUAUAUCAUUAGGAUGUUGCACUUUUUUUUUUCCUUUGUAGGCCGUAUCCUCUUAGUAUUGUACGAAAAUGUCUUCUUACCCCUGUUUGUACAAAAC